GUGGUGAAAAGUAAAGAAAGGCGCUGGUGGAAGGAGGGGCAGCGGCCCAAAGAAGAAACCCGUUUCUCGAUCCGUCAAAGCCGGCCUCCAGUUCCCUGUUGGCAGGAUCGGACGGUACCUGAAGAAGGGACGCUAUUCUCAGCGGGUGGGAACCGGUGCGCCGGUUUACAUGGCCGCCGUGCUUGAGUACCUUGCUGCCGAGGUUCUGGAAUUUGCUGGAAAUGCGGCGAGAGACAACAAGAAGAACAGGAUCAUCCCAAGGCACGUUUGGCUUGCAGUGAGGAACGACGAGGAGCUCGGAAAACUCCUGGCUGGAGUGACAAUCGCGCACGGAGGAGUUCUACCGAAAAUCAACCCUGUUCUUCUGCCCAAGAAGUCCGAGAAGGCUUCCGAUACACCAGCAAAAUCCCCAUCCAAGGCCACCAAGUCGCCAAAGAAGGCCUAAUUGAUCUUCUUGUUGAUGGCCGAAUCAUCAAAUGACUUAGUUGUACUUGUAUUUAGAGGUUGAGUUCCCUGUAUGUAAUUUGAAAUAGUGUUGUUGGAUUGUAGGAAAGAAUGCUGACAAUCAGUGGAGUGAAUUUUGUAGUUUAUCCUUGUUAGAUGUUUCAUGCAUGAUUCUGAUCAAUUGAAUAGGAAGAAUACUCCUGUUUAAUUUC